AUGACGCCCAAUCCAUCAUUACGGCGGCAACGCAAAGUUGUCAUCAGCAGUUCCCCUGCUCCUUCAGACUCUGAUUCACGCCGCGGCUCUUACUUCUCAGAAGCGUCUCAAUCAACAGCACCCACAUCCUACCACUCAGCUUCCGGAUCAAAUAACAAAGCUCUCGAUGUUUCCCAACACCGCCAGUCGACAGCGCCCAUGAAGGCAUCUGAGCAAAGGUUCGACACUGCAUCUUCUUCUUCCAUUGCCACAUACGACUCGGUUUUGUCUGAGAUGGCACCCCUGUGCCGUGACUUGCCCGUAGGCGGCGAGGAUGUGGAAAUCGAAACCGAAGACGACGAGGAGGAGGAAGACGAGGAAAGUGGUGACGACGACGGCGAAGAUGACGGGGAGGAUGACCAGGAGGAGGCAGAUAAGGAUUUUAUUCUGUCAGAUCCGGAAUCACUUCAUAUCCCUCCAGUGCUGCCUCCUUACCGUGGCACCUCAAACGAACGCCCGUGUCGGCCGUCAACACCUCAGGACUUUGCCAAUCUAUUUCCUUCGCUGGAUCGACUUGCCGUACGUCAUGACGAUUGCACCUCGGAUGGCAACAUGAACCUUCGUGUCGAUACUGUUGUCCCCUUUGGGCAUACCCGACGGACACUUGCGGUUCAGCUAUUCCAUCUCCGCAUGCACGACCUCGCUCGCCGAGAGUUCUCACUGCGUCGCUAUUGCCGGGACUCUGGACGAGAGGUCUGCAACUCCAAACGAGAAUAUGCCCCAGCACCUAUCAGUACUGUUGCUGCAGCACGACCCGCCCUUCAACGGUCAAUGAGCUCAGCCGUGCGUACAAUGACGACUCCUUUCCACCGACCAUCCUCUAGUAACUCUUCGAUUUUCAAACACAACAACGCAGCCAGCGCUUCGACACAUUCCGACAACGCUUCCGUCUGGUCCGGCUCACACCAAACCGAGAAAUCCGAUUCACAAGUUCCCAAACCCAAGGCACGAAUGGUACCCACCAACCGUAUCAAGCUCGAGUUCAGCAACUAUGCCCGCGUAGACAUUGCGCGACGAGGUGGACGCACAAACAAGCGAUAUGAGUUUGAGUGGUGGGGUCACACGUAUGCUUGGAAACGUGUCAUUGACAAGAACCUCAAUGUUGUCUCAUUUCACCUUGUCCGAGACGGCCAUGGCGCACCUGUUGCCCACAUCGUCCCCGAAAUGCGCAGCCCCAAUCAAGUUCUCGACGACGAAAUGGCUGGUGCCUGGGUUACUCCUUGCUACAUCUGGAUUAGCGACAGCAGCAUUAUCGAUGCCAUCACAGACGUGGCUGAUGUGAUUAUUUCCACCGGACUCAUUUCCCUUGUCGACGAUUGCAUCAAGGAGCGAUGGCAAGUAAAGAAGCCUUCGCACCGUGCCAUUCGCAGGGACAUUGGCGAUGUGAACCACUCCAACCCUCGCUCAUUCAUGCCCAGCUUCUUUCAACGUCGCCACUCAGAAGAGCACUCUUCAAGCCGUGGCUCGUUGAGGUUUGGCCGCAAGCCUAUUGCAGCAUACUAA